AUGCGUUCAAAUUGGAUCGCGGAUACAUUGAUGGGUAGAACGGGUGGUAUCAAGCGGAAUGUCAACUUGGAUAUACGUUAUUUGAAGUCAGCCCUACCGCAUCUGGACAACAUUGUAAAGCAGGAGGGUACGUAUAUCUUUCAGAUAUGCACAAACCGCCGGGAUUAA